AUGUCCAAAACAACCAUUCUUCUCACUGGAGCCAGCGGAGCACUGGGUGCUUCGACUCUGGCCCUCCUCGCUGCAGAUCCCAACAUCGACGUGAUUGUCGUGCUCCGGUCUCUCGCGCGAUCUGAAGCAUCCUUGCGGUCCAGAUACGCCUCCCAGGUCUCAGAAGGCCGUCUAUCCUUUGUGGAGAUCCCAGACAUGACCGCCCCCCACGCCUUUGACGAGCCAGCCAGCAAAGCCGACGCGAUCAUCCACAUAGCCACCCCGCUGACGUUCGAUAAUCUCAUGGAGACGACCAUCAAGCCCAGCUGGGCCAUUGUGCACAAUGUCCUGAGCGCAGCCCAGAAGUCAGCGGGCCGGGUGAGGAGGGUGGUCGUGACAGGGAGCAUGGUGGCGACGAUGCGUAUUGAGGAUCUGUACUCUGACAAGACUGUAUCGGACGAGAGCUGGAAUCCCAUCACCCUCGAAGAAGCGGAGCUGAAUCCCUUGAAUGCGUAUUGCUACUCCAAGGUCUCGGCGGAGAAGAAGGCCUGGGAGUUCAUGAAGGAGACGCCGCGGCCGUUUGACCUGGUCGUCUUGCUGGCACCGUCGAUCACAGGCAAGAGUCCGCAGGCCGAUUUCAAACCGGACAAGGGACGCCUUGGUGGGCAGCCGGGCCUAUACAAGGGACUGUUCGACUGCGACAAGCCUGGGUUCUUGUACCCGUACUUCAUGUAG